GCCUUCCAAGUCAGAGCCAAAGGGGGCGGGCCAGCCUCAGAAACACCCAGCAAGACUCCUGAGAAGCCACAGCAGGGCAGCCCAGAGCAGAGCAGCCCGAGCCAGGCUUCUCAGCAGAUCGUGAGCACUCCAUCUCAGUCAACUGUGCGAAAAGGUCUGCAGUAUGGCCUGACGAAGUUCUUCGGAACACCUGAGCAAAAGGCAGCUUCUCAGCCGGUCUCAGACCUGCAGUUGACACCUUUCCACAGGAGCCACAAGAGCAGAGCUCAGCUCGAGUCCGAAGCAUCUAAGGCCGGGAAGAGGAAGCCUCAGAAAGGUCGCAUCGAGAUGACAGCCAAUCGAAAGAAGCUCAUUGCUCAGGACUUGGCUGAGUCCAAGUCUCAGUUUUCCAACCUGAGCGAGUUCUGGACUGCCAUGAUCGCGAAGCAUGGCUUGUCGAAGAAACAGCUCAGCAGGAUCGUCAGGCAAAGUGAUGCCUAUGCAGCAAUGAGCCAGAAACCUCUUCUGCAAGGAAGCUCUAAGAACAAGAGGCGAGUCAGGGUUUCAGGUGCUGGCCGGAAGGCGCCUUACCCUGAGGUCCUUGCGACCCUUUCUCAGUGGCUGGCUGUUGAGCGAGCCUGUGGCCACACCAUCACCCACCAGGACUUCUUCCAGGAGUUCUUAUUUCAGCUCAGGCUCUCCGCCACGAAGUCUCAUCUUCGGGCAGAAGAUCCGGGCCUCAGCAACCUCAAGAAGGCUGAGUUCCAGCAGGAUGCUGAGGACAAAGAGACCAGGGCUCAGAAGCUGAGCAAGAGCAAGGCCUACCGAAGGAGCUUCACUCAGAAGCUCCUCCGAUGGACCAAGGCUAAGUUCACCACCUCAGAGGUCGUGAGCAACAUUAGCAGCCUUGAGUCCCAGGUCAGGUGCAAGCUCACCUGGCAAGAGUUUGACUGGUGCCUCUGGCUGGCCAGCCUCAGCUCUCUUGCUGAGCUCUCUUCUGAGAAGAGAGUGGCAGACCCUGAGGACUUCCUGAAGCACAGGACUGACUUAGCCAUCGGCUUCUCUGAUCAGGUGCCUCUGUGGGCUAAGGCAACAGGCCGAAAGGCCGUGUUUGCUCAGGAGGAGCUCCACUCAGCUGAGACCACCAAGGACUUUUCUGAGGUCAGGCAAGCCAUUGAGGAUGUCAUGAAGACUGACUCAGAUGCAACCUUUGAAGUGGUUCCCAUCAGCGACACAGGUGACAGCACUCCCCGAGUACAGAAAGCCCUCAGCUUCGGCUCAGAAGGGUCAGGCACCGUCCGAAAGGCCCUGAGCUUCAGCAGCCUUAGCCCAGAGAAACCUCAGCUGGCCGAGGACCAAGCAGAGGAGCAGCAGCAGCCGAGGCUCAGGCACAGUCAGAAAGGCCCUGAGCUUCAGCAAGCAAAGAAGAAACAGAAGGCACUGCCUAAGGCCGGAGCUAAGACCACCUUAGGCUUCUCAGCCGACGAAAGAUUCAGAAUCACCUACGAGGCCCGUCAGGUGCUUCUUCAAGUCGUGGCUGAGCCCAGCAAGCCAGUCAUCGGCUUAGUGGGAAAGGGCUUGCUGGUCGUGCCGGGGCAAUGGGCCCGCCUGAGCAACAUCUCUCAGGAUGGCAAGUGGAUCCAGACUGAGAGGUUCAGGGUCGGGGCUAAGGAGAAGGUUCACUCAGCUGGUGCUUCAGUCGGCAAGAUCUUGCUCAGCUAUCGCAAGCUCAGGCAGGCUCACCCUGAGCUUGUCGCUAAGCUGGACAUCAUGAGCCAGCCAGCUGCGAACGUCGACUCAGUGAUCCUGAGCUGGGUCAUUGAGGGCCAGGCCACUGAGUACCCUUGCUCAGUCUGGCAGAGGGAUUGCUUCAGCUCGGUCUUCUCAGACACGGCUGCUGAGUCGAUGGCCUUAGCCCAGCAGAUCAGCUGCUUAGUUGCUGCUAAGUGCACCUCUAAGCUCCAGAUCACGGACUCAGACUUCGCCAGAGAGUUUAAGGCUGCCGUGAGGCACAAGCUGUCCGCCCUCAGGACAGACUUCCAGGAGAAGCAGAAAGACUCAGGCGAGUCUGAGGUCUGGCGAGCAGGUGCCUUUGAGAUCGUCACCUCAGUGGUCUGGGCUGAGGAGCAGCUGAGGCAGAAGAACGAAGAGCACUCCUGGGUUGUCAGGGCAGCCGUGAGGAAUGGCCUUCUGGCCUACCGGCCGAACCCUGAGAGUGGGAAGCUCGAGCCCGUCACUGAGCAGCCUUGGGCUAAGGAGCUCGAGCUGAGGAUGGGCAGUCGUCGCUUCCCAGCUGCCUGGCUCUCAGAGAGGCUGAAGUGGCUGGACGACUCAGGCAAACCCAUCCAGGCAGACUGGUCUCUCAGCGACUCAGCUAAGCAGAUUUCCGACCUCAUCAGGUGGGAGUAUUUCAACCCUGAGGAGGACCUUGAGCAGGAGGCUGAAGAUGGAGGCUUUGACCUAGAUGCAGACCUUGCAGAGGAUCUGGACCUGAGUCUGCAGAACAGCCUUUCCCUCAGGCUGCACCCAAAGCUCAGACGUGCAGCAGCUCGCAGAGCCCUUGAGGAGGGCUAUGCUGAGAGAGUCAAGGACAUCAGGAAAAAGGCAGAGCUGAGGAGGGAGAGGCUGAAGCACAGGAAAGCCUUCAGGGGCAAGCUUCUGCAAAGCUUGAGACAAAAGCUGCUGCUGAGCAGUCGGGCAGAAGCACUCAGUGAGGUUGUGCCUGUGAGAACAGAGACCAAAGGCCAGAAACUGAGUGCAACCACCAAGCCCUCAGCGAAGAACAAGCCCUCAGCAAAGAGCAAGGCCAGCAAGUUCCUCAAGUCUUCGGCUAAGAAGAAAGCAGGUAAAAAGCAUGAGCACAAGGCCACAGUCGACAAGGUCAUUGCUAAGGUCACAGCUAAGAAGAAGAAGGAGAAGAAGGCUCAGGCCAAAGCUGAGACCAAGGCCAAAGCUGAGACCACAGAGACUGAGUCCGCAGCCCUGGCUCCUUUCCUUGAGAAAGAAGUCAUUUGUGUCUCUGAGGCUGCCGGCCACAUGCUCUUCGGCAUUAAGGGCCUUGCCUCAGACUUCCAGUCAGGUCGCUACACUGUCAUGACCGUGAGUGGCACCUUCGAGAUCAGGUCUGAGCAUCUGACCCUUUGGGAGCCCAAGACUGCUGAGUUCGUCUGGGCUCAGCUGAAAUACCUCAGCAGGGCAGACACUCAAACAAUCCUCCGGGCCAUCUCCUGCUGGCCUGAGCCAAAGCUGAGGCACGACGACUAUGCCGACCACGGCUUAGUGCCCUUCCCUCACACUGAGGAGCCAUUCUUAGUGGAGGAUCAGUGGAUCUGGCAGGGCUGGGCCAUGAUGAGCUGGUCCCUGCGAAAAGCCAAGGCAGGCUCCUUUGAGGAGUUCUCGGUGGAGUGCUUGGACCCUGGCCUUCCUCACUUGCUCUUCGAGUUUCCUGAGCACUUGCUUGAGCCACGUGAGAAUGCCGUUAAGCAAGCCUUCGGCAAUGCCCUCAGGCUUCUGGUUCCAGUGGUUAGGGCUUUGCACUGGACCUUGCUGGUGGCUCAGAGAGAGUCCCUGGACCAGACCGAGGGCUUUCAGUGGCGACUCUACGACAGCCUUCAGCAGCCAAUUCAGGCCUGCACCUUGGCUCAGGUCAGGAUUGGGAGCUUGCUCGAUCCUCAGUUCAGCCUCCCCAAGAAGACGAACUCAGCAGUGCAGCCUCAGGGGUCACUGCUCUGCGGGUUCUAUGUCUUAGCCUGGAUGGAGCAGGAAGUGAGGCAGGCCCGAGGAGAAUGGCUGAGGGUUUGGCCUGGGCUUCUGGCUAAGACUUGGAAGGAGAGGCUUCUCAAGAUGAAGCCACAUCUUGAGAAGGAGCAGAAGCUGAGGAUCGCUGAGAUCGACAAGGCCUACAAGAAGACUGAGGCAGAGAGAAAGGAAGCAGAGAAGAGGGUAGCCAAAGCUCAGCACGCCUUAGACACAGCCAAGACUUCGACCAGCAAGGCUGCUGUGGCUGCUAAGGAAUCCCUCGACAAGAACGUCUUCAGGUUCACCUGGAAGCAUCUCAGCAAAGAAGCCACAGCCAAGAUUCUGGCCUUAGAGCACUCGCCAGGGAUCUGCCAGAAUUGCCGAUGGCAGACAGGCUGUCCUCAGUGCCAGGCUGAGAAAGCCCUGAGGUACCACCUCACCACUGAGGCCGCUGCUGAGGGAAAGCUGCCCUUUCAGCCAGGACUGCAACUCUGCCAUCAGCCUUUUGCACUUGUGAGCCCUUGCUUGAGACGAUUGCCCUGCUGCAGGACCCAAGGAAUUCCCUCAGUAUCUCAAAGAGAUGCUGAAGGCCAACAAGCCUCAGCCAAUUCCAGCUGA